AUGAUACCUCUGAGGAUUGAAUCCCUUCGUGCAUAUCGGAAGCUUUUUUUAAUAGCCGCGCAGGUCUCCCAUGAAUGUCCUUUGCACAAUAAACCUCAGUUUUUGAAGUACAUCUCGUCUCGUUUUAAUCAAGAGGCCGAAAUAAAUUCCAGGCGUCUCGCGCAUGCUUUGCUUUAUCUGGAAAAAAAAGAGAGAUGUUUAUUCAAUGAACCCAAGAAAGGUCUACGGAAUAGAAAAAAAUCAUCUGUUAGUCGACGAAUGUUGAAUUCACAGAGAAAGAAAAUUCUGAGAGAUUAUCAAACACACGUCUCUCAUGGUGUUGACUCUACAUAUCGUAUGGCGGAAUUGUUGCCGCACGCAGUUGGCACCUCUUCGCUGACGUCCCUCUUAGAAGUUUUAGCCGCAGGUGUGGGGAAUACUGCUUAUCAGCGUCGGAUGGAGUCUAGCUUUAUCGAAUUUUUCAACUUUGAGCGAAAGAAAGAGGCGCGCGACGAUGCUUCCGAAGAGGCGACAAGUGAGCGCCAAAAUCGGAUCAUGCAGCAGGCUUUAAUCCCGUAUGCUGAACAUCUCCUUUUGCUUCAUCGUACGGCGGUCGGCGAGCCAAACCCCGCGACCAACCUCCUCUACUUAACUCCAUCUCAAAUGACAGAGGCGAUUGUGGGAACUCGAAGCAGCGUUAGCGCGCAUCAUCUACGCCAUGGCAAUGACCACAUCGUGGUUGAGAUCGAUGAGGCUUAUAAUAAGCAGGUGAUCUACAUCGCUUGCGCCUGUCCAGGGGAGGGUGCCCACAACGGCAGCUACGACUGGGAGCAAGAAAUCGAGCGGGUGGAGGUCGAAAACAACGAGGAGGUAAGGCGGACCACCUUCCACGCGGAGUUUCUUUCACGCGCGAAGCCGAUGUGCACUACGUUGCUGCAGGAAACCCCCUUGCACGUAUCGCGUCGUACGGUGCUGGUCGGUCAUGCCGUUGGGGGCUCCAUCGCUUUGAUUUUGUCUCUCCUCCUUUCGCAGCGCGGGUUUGACAUCACCAAUGUGAUCACUCUCGGCGCCCCCAAAGCAUUACAGGGAACGCUCGAGCGCUAUAUAGCCGCGAUAAACCCGAUACGCGUGGUGCUCACCGGGGAUCCGCUCGUGGAGCUGCCCGUCAUGGGCGCCCAUGGGGAUCCUUUCGUGCACGUGGGGGAGAUACUGCUCCUCACACCUCACCACGGGGAGGAGGCGACAGCAAACGGCUCCACCAGAAAUUCAAGGAAAUCUUCUUCAGUCGAUGAAACCCCAACCGAUCGUUUACCUGGCACAUGUACUCCUUCGAUUGUCACCUCGGCCACAACUGCCUCUCCAGUGGAAGGGUGUUAUGGUGAUUUGACCGCUGAAAAGUUGAAUAUGCUCAUGAACGAUCUCAUAUUUGAGGCACCCCUUCAUGAAACGAAUCAUUUCGAAGGGAUUCCGAACAUUCCUAAUCCACAACCGGGACGUAACUCUCGUGCGGGUAGUCCUUCCCCAAUGGCCUGCAAGGUACCCGAUUCCGUUCCAGAAACCGAAGAAGACCAACUUAUGGACGAACCGCCUCCCGAGGAGGCGUCUGAGGAGCCUGAAUCGUUAUUCCGUCUUGCCAAAGAGCGUUACUGCGCUCAGUUCUUGGUUGAGCAUUAUGUGCGGCAUCUGUGUGAUCCCAACGUUGAGCUCACUUACGCGGAAGGGGACGAAGUUUGGGAUGAAGGCAGCUACGCAGCGGCACGUCGUGAGGCAGAGCGCGUCCCACAUGUUUCCUACGGGGAGCAAUUCCAGCGCGACCUGCGAGGUCCACUGUGA